CCAAGGACUGGAGAGUGCUUGCAAGAGCUUUGAGGCGACCAGUACCCGAUGUCACAUCGCUGAUGGUCUGCACGCGUGUUCACAGUCUCUGCCGGCCGGCGAAGGUUUAAACGACCGCAUCGUGCAGCAGGAAUCACCAUGAACGCAGCGCAGUUGACACUCUGGACUUCAAUACUGUCAAUACUGGCUGUACUUAAUGAAUCAUCUGAAUUAUGGCUUGAGAUGCCGACAAGACAAAUUGUUGCUGUUGGCAAUUCAGUUGCCCUGACCAGCAAGAUUCCCUCUCGCCUGAGAGCAAAACCUACCACUGUGACAUGGAACAAAGGGAUAAAUGGGACGAUAUUGAUGUAUACCGAUUCUCUCAUAAUUCCAAAAUCUGGAUAUGAAGACCGUUUCGGCUUCAAAUAUCCAAUGCCGGCCAGUGAUGUAUCCAUGUACAUCAAGAACACAAAUUUGACUGACACAGAUUCCUACACUUGCACAGUAGCCAUUUCAAUUCCUAAUGAUGGCAUCAAGCUUAUCUCUGGAGAAACAAAGCUGUUUGUACUGGUUCCACCUUCCACUCCAAAAUGCACCAUCACAGCUGGAAACCAAUAUGUUGGCAGCAACGUGACCCUAAGAUGUCACUCAGCAGAAGGUAAACCUACACCCAAAUACACGUGGAAAUGGACGACUUCCAGGCCAGAGCCUGCUUUACCUCGUGGCUACUCUGUCAAAAAGGGAAACUUGACAUUGACCAACCUCAGCGAAACAAUGUCUGGACUAUACAGUUGCACGUCCGAGAAUGAAAUAGGGAAUGCAUCAUGUUCGAUAAAGUUGGUUGUGAUAACCCCAAAUAAUGCUGGGAUCAUUGUCGGAGCAGUUGUUGGAGUGCUGCUGGGAAUAUGUCUGAUCAUUGCGCUUGUGAUUUGCUUCUGCAAGCAUCAAAGGAGGGAAGCAGAAAAAGAGGAAGAUACAGCUAAUGAGAUAAAGGUGGAUGCACAAGCACCAACACGAAAUACAUGGGCUAUGUCCGGGAGUUCUGAUAUCAUCUCCAAAAAUGGUACACUGUCAUCAGUGAAUAGCACCAUGCAUGUUUACAAACCGUAUCCUACUAAAGCACCAUCAGAUACUGCUUCGACCAUCACUGCAAUGGGUGUCAACGGCACUGGAAGUUACAAACGCCCAAAAAAUUCCCAAAGAUCGGCGGAUAAUGUCUCAAUAAGAAGCUCACCUGGGAAGUCAGCACCGCCUUAUGCAUCAUUCAUCAACACUCACUACUCCAGCCCCUCCACUGCGUGGCAGAAUGGAGUCCAGACACAGGCCCCUAGGCAGGUACCUGCAGUAUCCUCAAUGUCGUCAUCAAACCUUACUAGAAUGGGGGCUGUGCCAGUCAUGGUGCCAGCUCAGAACCAAGCAGGAUCACUGGUGUAGGAGCAAAUCUUUAAUCACUGGGACAUACAGAAAUCCUGCGAUAACAUUGAUGACUAAAGAGUAGGGCUUCAGAUGAGAGAAAUUUUAUGCUGAAAUAUUACAAAUGUAGCAUUGGGUGUGAAUAAUAUUCUGAAGUCCCGUCAUCAGUUUUGACCAUUGUUCAGCUAGAAACUUGAGGGAACCUGAAAUAAGAAAUCUAGCCCAAACAUUGAAUGGGUGAGCAGACGGCCAGUUCUUUCCUGAUAUCUCAGUUGUAACUCAAACAAUACACUUGCUUGACACAAAAUAUUUUUAGAGGAGCAGUUCCAACUAAUUCCAGUUUAUCACAACUCAGCUUGUAAUCUCUGUCAAAAUGUAAUUUGUAAUGAAGAACAUAAAUCUUCGGUUUUAGCUCUGCCCAUCCAAGCUUGUUGCACUCAUUGUUCCUCAAUGAAGUGGAUGCAGACUAGUUUUGUCCAGUAGAUAUGUGACUUCUGGUUUGUGUUACAAGAAUAGACAAUAUACCUUCUCAUCUAGUUCACUUUCUUUUGCUCCUCAUGAUUAUGUUCCCCUGGUUCAUUCAACAGUCAUCAAUGAAACAAAUCCAGGCGAUCAGCUUCUCACAUCCCUUGCUAAUGCGUGUUCUGCUUUUGGAUAGUGCAAGUAAUUAACCUGGGAGAUGACCCCUCCUUUGGUUUGUAUUUCCAUGAAUGUAGAAGAUCAAAGGUUGUUAUUGACUGAUUUUGUGAUACAUAUAGAGAGAAACUAUUUCUUUUGAUGGGAGAAUCAAAAACCAAGGGAUGAAAUCUUAGCAUUUCAGCCAAGAUAUUCAGUGACAAAAUGAGAAAGCUGUUUUUUCACCAAGGCUAAUGAAAAAUCUGCUGCUCAAUUCCCCAAAAGGCUCUGGUGUGGAACUUUCAAGACUUAGGUCAAUAGGCUUCUCUUAGAUGAGGGUAUCAAGGGUUAAGAAGCUAAAAUGACAAACUGGAGUUGAGGCACAGAUUAGCCAUGAUCUAAUUGAAGGGCAGAGCACAAUUGAUGGGCUGAAUGACCUCUUACCAUUCCUUUGUUUGAUAGUUCUCCAUCAAUCUAUUGUAAACAGUGUUCCUAAAUUAUUGUAGCUCCAAGCAGAAACAAAUGUGCGUUGGUGGAACUUGUUGCAAGACAACUGGUAGAUCCUACUUUUAUCUUUCCUUGGUUUCUAAAUGACUUGAUUCCAAAAUUUUCUGUCUGCAGUCAUUUUGCAUAUUGAUGACAACAUUUCUUCUCCCUUCUUUUUUUCCCUUCAUCUGCAUAAAUCUUUAUAUGAGGUCUUAUGGUAGUCAUUAUUGCGGCAUAUUUCCUGUCACUGCAUGGAAGGAAAUGAAGUGAUAAAAGAAAGGUUGUUGAGAUAAAAGAUUUUUCUGAAGAAGGCUCCUGACCUGAAAUGUCAAACUUUCCUGCUCCUCUCAUGCUGCUUGGCCUACUGUGUUCAUCCAGCACCACACCAUGUUAUCUCAGAUAAACGGAAGGAAUUGGUUAAGCUCCAUCAGGAAUGCCCCAAAAGGAAGAUACAGAAGAAACUGAAAAUGGAUGGGAGUGGAUACAAUAUUGCAGCAUUGGCAAAAUGGAAUUGUUAACUAUAAAAUUUACUGAAGUUGUAGACAACAUUGAGUUAAAACACUCAGUCAACACACUCAAUCUGAUGCUAGUAUAUAGUAAGAAUAAACAGGCAGAAUGAAACCAGUGCAGGGGUGACUCACAAAUACAUUAUUAGAAGAUUGUUAAUGGAGAUGAUUAUUUGUAUAUUGUGAGUGCUUGUUCCUGCCUGUAAUACCACAAAUAUACAGUAAUGUUAUGACUAGCUGAGGGUAGCUCCCCUCUUUCAAACAUCCUUGCUGAAAGAUGUUUAUAUUCUUUUAAGCAUGAGACUGUACCUCUAUUCAAUUGAAAUGUGUUUAACUAAUUUCUGCAGCAGUAAUGAAAAAAAUUACAAAGUUUCCUUGAGUUUAAUGCAAAACAAGUUUAUUUCCUGUCAAUCUUGAGCAAAAUAAUAAAGGCACGAUGUCAAACAUAUGUGCUGUCACUUCGUCCCUCACUUGUGCAGUGACAUACACACAAACACUCUCCAUACACACGCAAACAUCCUUAUAUACGCAAACCAGAACACACACAUGCCACCCCACGAACACACCAAAUAUGUGAAUAUACAGUUUGGAGCCUUUUGGAUGCCCUUCAUGUUUAAGAUUUUAACCUGAGGAAGUGAUUGUUUAGUUGUUGUUUUAGGCCAUGACCAGUAGAAAAUUUGCAGCUAUUCUUUGACUUCUCAAUGUUCUUAUGUUUUUUUUAAACAUGCAUUGUCACUGAGCAUUUUUCUUUUUAAGAUACAGAGAGAGAGAAAGUUCCACAGCCUUUCAGUUCUGCAUCCUUAAUUUUAUAUAUACCUAUGCCAACAGCAGCAGCUUGAAAUAUCAGCUUGUGUGAAUAUUUCAAUGCCUGAGUUCAUUGUCUCCAAGCUAGAUAAUUGCAGGUGAUGCUUUUAUCUCUUUAUAUGUGAACAUACUCAAAGGUGUCAUUCAAAAUAGGAAAUGAAGAUCUUUUCACUCUUCUCACGGGGAUGAAUUUACUGGUGUUGCAUUGCCUUCGGAUAAAAUGUUAAUUUCAAAUUAGCUGUCUGUUUAAUUCACGUUGUAACUUGACCCGCUUGUGGUCAGCUGAAGCCUGUAGCCAUUUUAAGUCAGUGCUUUUUGGUUCCUUUUUGUAACACCAUUUCAGACUGUGUAAGUCCCCAGUACUAAUUCAACGAUGAACUUCAGAACUAUGUUGUCCAAAUUGUAUAUCCUUGUGACAAUAUUCUCAUAGAAAAGAGACACCAAUGGAAUGUGAGAAUACAAGAUAGCUCGUCAAUCCCUUUAAUUUCCUCCUUUCAGAACAUAAGCCCUAUCCUUCUACCAGAGUGUUUGACUGUUGCUUAACGGUUCAGCUUUAACCCUAACCAUUUGCCCUAAUAACUGUGUUCUUGCUGUUGGUCACUUGUUUCGUAAUGAAAUUCUUACAGAAUCUGCAGCAAAGAUUCCAAAAAAAGGCCUUGUACAAAUGGCGCUGGUGCUUCCUGUUCUUUUCUUUCUUUGAAAUGGACAAUCUAUUUUGACAGAUUCUAGGAAAGGGCAUAUCUGAUAGGAAAUUAAUUAAGCCAUCAAAACCUUAUAACAAUUUAGUUGGCCAACACACUGUCUCUCUUUUUAGGCUGGAGUUAUCUAUGCAGACAUUUGGGUUUUAACCCAUUGAAUAAUUGGAUUCUUUAAAUUUACAUAUUCGAAAAAUGUCCCAAAACUCUUAUGUAACUCUUUUAGCUUUCAAUCCCCAACCAGCUUCUGACAGGUUAAUGGGUAACUAGAGAAGAUUCCUGGAGGAUUUUGAUAUUUUAGCAGUAGGGCUAUUUCUGAAUGAACGGCUGUAAGUGACCCAUCAGUAUAGGAUUUGAGGUGUAGGAUAGUGUUUACGGACUAUUAUGGCUACUUCCCAGUCAGAAUUGAUCAUGAAAAUGAAGCAGCUGUGGUCCACAGAUACAAACCCUGCAUCCUAUCAAAGAUGCGAUGCCAAAGUAGCAUUCGCCGUUAUCAAGAGGAGCAUAGCCUCUUGGAAACAACACUGAUUAUUCUGCCCUUCAUUUAGGAAGACACCUAGGAGGGAAGACCUUAAUUUUAACAAGACCAGUUGGUGCACCACUAUGCUUUAUCUACUAGCACAAAGAGCAUUUCCAUUUCAAUUGCUAUUAUGAAACUUCUGACAUGCAUCUUGUUCUGAACAUCAAUAAACAUUUGUGCCCAAGCUGAACAGCAGUUUAAAAAGCUCAUGCUUGAAUGUCUGAGAAUUGUAUUUAUAUUACAAGAACAUUUCAUAAUUCUGUUUUACUGUUUUGUCUUUAUGAUCUUAAUUGUCUUCAGUAUGAUACCUUUUGGCCUGCAUCAAAAUUAAUCUUAUAAUUUCAUCAAGGGAGAAUUUAUUGGUCUAUUCCUGAACUACCUCACAAUAUAGCAGAGAAUAAAAUUUAAACAACUAUGCUCACUUUGGCAUAGAUUUUGCUUUUCAUUUGCUGAUGGAAAACAUUGAAGUUAAUGGAAAGGGGGUUUAAUAGGCCGUUAACCUGAUGAUGGAAGAUUGUUAUGUCAAGCUCCAUUCUGCCCUCUUAGUUGGAUGUAAAUGAUCCCACAGUCAGUAUUGCAAAGAAUAUUGGGAGAGUUCUAGUCAACAUUUAUUGCUCAUCACCAAACAGAUGAUAUGGUCAUUGUCUCAUCUCUGUUUUGUCAGAGUGUGUUAUAUACAAGCUGACUGCCACGUAUCAUGCAUUACAACAGUAACUAAAUUUCAAACGGCUUCUACUCACUAUAAGGUGCUUUAAGACACCCUGAGGUCAUCAAAGAUGAGAUAUAAAUGCAAGUCUUUCUUGGUGGUGAUAGGAUAGAAUCUAUCCCAUUGUUGUUAAAUUUUCACAUUGUACUUAUGAACAAAAACAAGACAUUAUGGGUUAGAAACUAGUUGGAAGCUAAUGUUUAUGGACCAGUCAUAUUAGCUGCUUUUGCAGUUGGAGCACUUAAGUGCUUUUGGAUUUGUCAACAAAUACUGAUGUGAAGGAAUUCUUAAGUAGCUUGUGAGCCAAGUUGUAUCAUUAUGUGAAAUGUCAUUGGUAAACCAGUUUCUGGAAAUGGAGCAUUUAAUUAUAAAUUGCAAGAUGACAUGAGAAGUUUGAAUAUCAAAUUUCUUUGAAGAAGGAUGUUCAAAAUCUUUUAAACUCACCCUAUAAUGAUGUUGCUUUCUGAAUUAAAAGAUGUGUUUUCCAAACUGCUAAUUACUUUGCUUGUGAUACAUUUUAGAUCCAAUAGAAUAAACAAGAUGUUAGGAUAGCCCGAAGAUUUGGGCUCCCACAAUGUUCUGCUAUUUUCAAUUUUAGCUAAUGAGUAUUUUUGAAAAAAAUGACGCAUAUUAUCUAGAUAACAAGGUGUGGAGCCGGAUGAACACAGCAGGCCAAGCAGCAUCUUAGGAGGAGGAAAGCUGACGUUUCGGGCCUAGACCCUUCAUCAGAAAUGGGGGAGGGGGAGAGGGUUCUGAUAUAAAUAGGGAGACAGGGGGAGGCGGAUCGAAGGUGGAUAGAGGAGAAGAUAGGUGGGGAGGAGAUAGGUCAAAGGGUGGGGAUGGAGCUAGUAGAGGUGAGUGUAGGUGGAGAGGUAGGGAGGGGAUAGGUCAGUCCGGGGAGGAUGGACAGGUCAAGGAGGCAGGAUGAGGUUGGUAGGUAGGAAAUGGGGGUGCAGCUUGAGGUGGGAGGAGGGGAUAGGUAAGAGGAAGAACAGGCUAGGGAGGCGGGGUCAAGCUGGGCUGGUUUUGGGAUGUAGUGGGGGGAGGGGAGAUUUUGAAGCUUGUGAAGUCCACAUUGAUACCAUGGGGCUGCAGGGUUCCCAAGCGGAAUAUGAGUUGCUGUUCCUGCAACCUUCGGGUGGCAUCAUUGUGGCACUGCAGGAGGCCCAGGAUGGAGAUGUUGUCUAAGGAAUGGUAGGGGCAGUUGAAAUGGUUCGCAACUGGGAGGUGCAGUUGUUUAUUGCAAACCGAGCGGAGGUAUCCUGCAAAGCGGUCCCCAAGCCUGCGCUUGGUUUCCCCAAAGUAGAGGACUUUUUGUUUCACAUUCAUCAGGACAAUUUGUAAGAAAAUCAAUUUAAGGGGAAAACUUAUUUUUAGUCUGUAUGAGGUGAAAGUGCUAACUGCCUGAACAAGUAAACAGUGAUUGGUAGUGGCAUUAACAUGGAGAACGUACCAGCUUGAGAUGAUUGACACUUAACUUCCAGGAUUUAUUUAAAUUUUAAACCAGCAGGUUGGCUCAAGAAAUGAACCAGUAAGAGGGCUGCCACUUUUACAUUUUAUCUUUUGUGUUGAUCAUGUGUUUUUAGUCUCUGUAGUUCUAUGACGAGUGGAUCUAUUGUACUCAGAAGGCAUUGGAAAUAGAUCAUUUCUGCAAAUAUUGUGUUUCACUUUUUUGGGAGUCAGUAAAAAUGAUAAAGGUGACUGUUCAGGCCACUUAAGACUGAUGGAACAAUUGAACCAAAAGAGAUCGAACAAUGUUUCCAUAAUAUUCUUUCAUGGGAUUUGGGCAUUGCUGGAUAAACAGGAAUGUGUUGCUCAUCCUUAAUUGUAUCUGGAAAGGUAGUAAUGAGCUGUCUUCUUGAACUGUUGCAGUCCAUGCUGUGUGCAUACAUCUGCAUUGCUGUUAGGAAGGAUGUUUGAAGAUUUUGUUAAAGGAAUGGUGAUGUAGUUCCAAGUCAAGAUGGUAUAUGGCUUGGAGGGGAACUUACAGAUGAUGGCGUCCUCAUACAUCUGCUUUGACCUUCAAACUGACAGAGGUCAUGGGUUUGGAAGUUGCUGUCAAAGUGUGAAUUUGGAAUAAACCUCUGGAAUCCAACACUGCAAAAUCAGAAGUGUUUUAGCUUUGGCUGUGAAAGUGACUAAUGGUGUUAAUAUCUGUUUAGGAAAUGCUACACUUUAGACCAAACUGGGUUAGCCCAAGAGCAUAUUGGUUUGCAUUUGGAGAGUCCAUUUACUGAAUUGGAAUCUCACCUGUCACAGUGUACAAACCACAAGGACAGCUAAAGAUUGUCAAGCUGACCCGAUCAGGUAUAAAGUCAGAGAAUAUUGACUGAUCAUUGCACAGUGGUCUAUACCAUUUUUGACUCCUCAGGGAAUAAAACACUCUGGGCUUACAUUCAGCAAGACCAGGACAAUAUUAAGGCUUUGACUGAUGAUUGGCAAGUAACAACUGCCAAGAACAUCCUCAUUGUCAACUUUUUGUGACUCAUGCAUUGACCAAAAAUUGAAAUGGACCAACUAUAUCAACACUCUGGCUAAAAGAGGCUAGGAAUUUUGUAGUGACUAACACUCUUCCUAACUCCCCCAAAGUUUUUGUACCAACCAUAAAGCACAAUUCAGAAGUAAUGUGGAAUAUUCUGCACUUGCCUGGAUUAUUGUGGCUCUAAUUGUCAAAAUGUUCAACACCAUCCAGGGUAAAACAGCCUCCUUGACCUGCAACCUUAUCCACCACCUUCAACAUUCACUCCUUCUACCACUGACACUUGAUAACAGCAGUGUGUCCCAUCUACAAGAUGCACUGUAGUAAUUCACCAAGACUUCUUUGACAACAACUUACCAACAUUCAACUGUUUUCAAUAAGAUGACAAGGUCAGCAGAUACACUGAAACACCAUCACCCACAAAUUCACCUCAAAGCCACUCACUGUACUGACUUGGAAAUAUGUCAUUGUAUUUUUAGUGUCCCUACAACAAAGCCAUAGUGUUACUGGGGGUCUGCCAAUGGCAAAUUGAGCCUAGCGGUUCAAGAAGGCAGCUCACCACCACCUUCAUGAGGGCAACUAGGGAUGGCCAAUAAAUGCUGGUUCAGCCAGACACACCCACAUCUCAAGAGUCAAUAAAAAAUCCCCCCACCCUCUGUAAUGGUUCCUCCUGCUUCCGAUUUUGCCCCACCAACUGCAAGAGAGAGAGCUAAGUGCAGCAGUGAAUGCCGUGAAGAUUGUUUGGGUAGUGUGUCUAAAAUGGAAUGUGUGUGUGAGAAGUGUGGAAUGUUUGCAACAGUGUUACUUAAGAGAAGUUGUUCUUACAGCCAUGUUUAAUCAUUGUUACACUGUGUUUAUACAGCUUCAUGUUGGACUUUGUUACAUAUGAUAAGGACGGAUUUUAUGUAUUGCAUUGUACAGUGAAUUUGACAAAUGUUAUGCCUAUUUUUAUCUUUUUUUUGUACAUGAUUGUUUAUUGAUAUUUGUACUUAAUGGAAAAGUUAUGUAUGACUGAACACACCCCAUUUGAACUUGGAAGGUUCUAGAUCUUGUGUUAAUUCACUAUUCCUGCAUGUGUCUGUUGAAAUGGAUGAGAAUGUUU